GCUCGUCAGUGUAUCCUGUGCAGGGGCAACCCGAUCAGCUGUCGCAGUCAGCGUGGGGCGACAUUAUCGGCUUCACUUCCAACCCGAACAACCGCCUGUUCUCCCGAUCAACAUGGAGAGUCGAAAGCGACCGUUAGAGGAAGAUUCGAGCAACAGUGACAGCUGCAAAACGCCGGAGAAGAGAAUGUCACUGGUCCGGCCGCUGGACUCGGACUACACGCGAUGGGGAGUCGAGGAAACGUGUCAGUACCUGCGAAGAGAAGAACUGGGAGAAUGGGAAAAUGCAUUUAGAGAGCAAAAAAUAACGGGCGUCGGGCUGAGGUACCUCAGAGAGGCGGAUCUGGAGAAGAUUGGCAUAAAGUGCCUUGGUGACCGUCUGAAGAUACUUCACAGCCUUGGGAAGCUGUGGCAAAUAGAGGCUGAGCCAAACAAGGUGUUUAAUGAUCCAAUCCAUGGGCAUGUGGAGUUACACCCACUUCUCAUCAAAAUCAUAGACACACCUCAGUUCCAGAGACUGCGAAACAUAAAGCAGCUUGGAGGGACCUACUUUGUUUUCCCUGGAGCAUCGCACAACCGCUUUGAACACUCGAUUGGGGUCGGUUACUUGGCGGGACGACUUGUACAAACACUGAAUGUGAAGCAGCCAGAACUCCUCAUCUCGCGCAGAGACAUCCUUUGUGUACAGAUCGCUGGGCUCUGUCAUGACCUGGGACAUGGGCCAUUUUCUCAUAUGUUUGAUGGGAUGUUCCUCCCCAAGGCACGUCCAGAAAUUACCUGGAAGCAUGAGACCGCCUCUUUAGCCAUGUUUGACUACCUGGUUGCUGACAAUGACUUGAAGCCGGUGAUGGAGCAGCACGGCCUGGUGCUGCCUGAGGACCUCGACUUUAUCAAGGAACAGAUUGCUGGACCACUGGAGACUAAGGCUGCUGAAACCCAGAAGUGGCCAUAUAGAGGCCGUCCGAAAGACAAGUCCUUCCUCUAUGAAAUCGUGGCCAACAAGAGGAAUGGCAUUGAUGUGGAUAAGUGGGACUACUUUGCCAGGGACUGCUACCACCUGGGCAUCCAGGACAACUUUGACUAUCGCCGCUUCCUAAAGUUUGCCAGGGUGUGUGAGGUGGACGGACAGAAGCUCAUCUGUACUAGAGACAAGGAGGUGGGUAAUCUGUAUGACAUGUUCCAUACAAGGAACUGUCUCCACAGAAGAGCUUACCAGCACAAAGUGGGCAACAUCAUAGAGACCAUGGUCACCGAGGCCUUCUUAAAAGCAGAUCCACACAUCCAGAUUAAAGGCUCAGGAGGGAGGAUGUUCACUCUCUCCACAGCCAUAGAUGACAUGGUGGCCUACACCAAGCUGACAGAUUGUGUGUUUGAAGAAAUACUCCACUCAUCCUCUGAAGAGCUGGCUGAACCGAGACAGAUCCUGCACAACAUCGUCUGUCGACGCCUGUACAAGUGUCUGGGGCAAACCCAGGCAGACAAACCUUUGAAUGUCAACAAGGAUAUGCUUCGAAGUUGGGAGGCAGAUUUGGCCCAGUCCAUCCCUCAGAGUGGUGCCCAGGAUGUCAAUCUGCAGCCAGAGGACUUUGUAGUUAGUGUUAUUGUUUUGGACUAUGGGAUGAAGGAAAAGAACCCCAUCAACCAUGUGCGUUUCUAUUGCAAGGAGGACCUAACUACAGCCAUCCAGAUACGCAAGAACCAGGUGUCAAAACUUCUUCCAGAGCACUUUGCUGAGCAGCUGAUCAGAGUCUACUGCAAGAAGACAGAUGAUAAAAGUCUGGAGGCUGCCAAGAAGCACUUUGUCCAGUGGUGCAUGGACAGGAACUUCUCAAAGCCUCAGGAUGGAGACAUAAUAGCACCUGAGUUGACUCCUCUGAAACCCAGCUGGUCAGACUACAAUGAGGACGGGAAUGGUGAAGAUAGUAGCUCCAAAGAAAUAAACAAAGCCAAAGCUCGGCUUUUUAGAUAAGAAGAAGAGAGCAGAUGUCCUUCUGUUACACAUUUGGUAGAUGAGACAUUGUUGUGUGAAAAUUAUAUUUUUUGAACGAGGUGAGUGUGUUGAUGAGCACAGCAAAGCUGAAAAUUAAUCGGAUUUUACACGAGAAAGAAAUAAUUUUCUAGGUAUCAAAGAAGAGUAUACACUGCAGGUUCAAGGGCUUUACUCAGGGUUUUAACAAAAAUGGCGCAUUCUUCAAUCUUAUACAUCUUUCAAAAUCUUUGUUCGAUCAUUUUAAUCAGGUUUUUAUUUCAGACUCAUUUGGAGGUACGGGUGUCACAUUUUUAAUUACAGCAUGUGCUUUAGCAAUAGAUUAUCAUGUAUUUGAAUUAUGAACAAUAAAUCAAGGUCAAUGAAAAUGCUUUACUCUGAAACCGAAUAUGCGCACAUUAUAUUUCAGGGCAGUGUGUUUUUACAGCGUAUAUAGGUGAUGGGUUUCAGGGCAUUGUUUUAUUCAGAUUUCACUUAGGUUUUUUUGGGGGCGUGAGGGAUUGUUUAAAAAUGUCAAGCUUUCAAAAGAAGUACAUCUAAUCAAAAGUCACCAAAAGUGACUGUUUGUUUUUACUUGUGGAGUUAUUUGAAAAAUUGGUUUGAUAUUACUUUUAAUAUAUUUUUUCUUUUUUUUUUUUUUGAGUGUUAUGUAGUCCCUUAUUUAUUGUUCUUGCGCUAGUAGCACAUCUCAUCAAUGGCUGCCUUCAUUUUAUAGAAACGUGCUGAAUCUUAAAUAAUUUUUUGAUACCUCUUACCAAAAUGUUACGCAGCCUCAUCAAACUACCCUCGUACAAAUCGGUUGUUUUCUAGUGGUGGAUUGUGCAAAAAAAACAUUUUUGAAACAAUGUAAAGGUAAAACUUCCAGAGAUCCUGUACACCUUAUUCUUGUUGAAAAGAUUUGAAAAAAGUUUGAAAAUAAAACACUUUCUCUCAGUUGUGUCCUCAUGUAGGUAAACUUGUUGAACACCAGAGGGCAUUAUGCAGACAGUUUAGUCUAGAUAUUAAUGUUAUAUAGGAGGUUCAUCUUGUCCCCUAAUGGCAUUUUUAGGCCUCCAACAAAAUAUACAUUAUUCUGAAAUGGGCCAUUCUGCAUAAUGUAUAUUUUUCAAAUUUUGGUUUCCAUUAUGUUUUGCUGCUAAUACUUGUAAUUUCACUUGAGUAGCAUAUUGAAAGCAGGACUUUACAAUUUCUUCACUGUGGUAUUGCUACUUUUACCUAAGCAAAACAUCUGAGUACUUCCUCCACACCAAGUACCACUGGCAGCCUGAUACCAAGUGUAUAAAGAAUUACAAUAAUCAAGAUGUGAAGACGAGG